ACCUACAUACUUGCUUGUGUAGGGAUGCCGAUUGGGCUGGGACGCCCGCUCAGAAUCCUCACUGUUUACGGAGCUCUCAUACACAGUUGCGUCGACGUCCAUCCGUCCGCCCGUCCGCUCGUCUCGCUCAACCGAUCGACCAGCUCAGCUAACAAGUCAACGAAUCGAACACAACACUAACUCCGAGUUAGCCUGUGCCAUUACCACCACCACCUCGCGCCCGCGCGCCGUCCAUCUAUCAAUCUGUCUCUCGUCCCACUCCAUUUGCCCGCCACCACCAUGUCCGACGACUCCGACUCCUCUCCUCCCUCGUCGCCCCUCUCCCCCUCCUCCUCCACCUCGUCGCUCCCCCGCAGCACCCACACCAGCAAUACCACCAGCAGUAGCAGCAGCAGCAGCAGCCGCGGCAGCGUCGUCGCGGGGACGCCGCCGUCGGACUACGAGCACUUCCUGUCGAUCCCGUGGUGCGCGGCGCGGCUGCAGGGGCCGGGGCUAGUGGUGCGGACGCCGCCGAGCCGGACGGCGAAGGCGGACGGGGAGGACGCGCUGUUCGGGGAGACGCUGCGGUCGCGCGAGACGGUGCUGGCGAUGGCCGCGGCCUGGGACGCGCCGGGGCCGGGCGCGCUGGUCGACGCCGUCACGCUGUUCCUGACGCUGGGGCCGGGGCUGGCCGGGCACGCGGGCGCCUGCCACGGCGGCGCCGUCGCCGCCCUCCUCGACGAGGCCGCCGGCCUGCUCGCCACCGUCAACCUGCCCGCCGCCGCGCGCCGCCGCGGCGCCUCUGCUGCCGCCCUCCCCCCCGGCCCCUACGUCACCGCCUACCUCAACACCACGUACCUCCGCCCCGUCCCCACCUGCGCCACCGUCCUCGCCCGCGCCCGCUUCCUCCGCGUCGAGGGCCGCAAGUACCUCGCCGAGGCCUGGAUCGAGGACGUGCGCGGCCGCACGCUGGCCCACGCCGAGGCGCUGUACGUCCGCGUCAAGAGCGUGCUCUAGUGCUGUCGUGGCAGAGGGAGGGGGGGGGUGUUUACGAGGGGUAUUGGGCCGCGGUCGGGCCGCCGCUCGGAGUAUCGCUUUUAUUGAGGGUGCUAGACGUUUGAUCUUUGGGGUUUAGCGAUAAUCACGGUAGCCGUGGUGUUCUGUUGUGCUAUGAUUGUUGGAGGUGCUGCCUCGAAAGUACCUACCUACAAGUUGCUUGGUGGGAUGAUGGGGUAU